AUGUCCGGCACCGAGCAGCUGUUUGAAUCUGAAGAUGACAUGUACGACGAGUUUGAUUGUGAAAAUAAUUAUGAAGAAGAGAAUGAGGGAAUUGUGGUGAAGGAAGAAGAUGAUGAUUCAGAGAAUGACUCUGAUGCCAUUGAAAUUGAUGAUGAGGAUUAUGAAGCAGUCAGUGAAUCUCAGCAAACUGAAGCAGCGGUCAAUGGAAACUCGAGCAAUGUUUCCGUAGAGCGGCAGCCAAAUCGUCUUCAAAGAAAAACUAAAAAGCACAAGUGUCAACAGUGCGACAAAAGCUUUGAUUGUUUAUAUCAUCUCAAACUUCACCACCGGGUGCACACUGGCGUUCGACCUUACAAGUGCACAGUGUGCUCUAAAUCAUUCGCACUGAUUGGUAAUCUCAAAACACAUCAACGGGUGCACACUGGCGAUCGACCGUACAAAUGCCCAACAUGCUCCAAGGCAUUCACACAACUCAGCAGUCUGCAAACACACCAA